AGACAUGGGCACAAGCAAAUGCCCAUAGAUACGGCCAGCCAGCAAUGCCCGGCAUUCUGACCCGUGAGGGUAUCAUAAAGCAAGUCACGGAGGCCGCUCGGCUCUACGCGGCGAAAGCGGGGUCCUGCUGCGCUGAAGCGUCGGAGAAGCGGGCCGACGACCUAUGCGCCGACCUCGCUGCCACUAUUGCAAGGCAGAUCGAAGAAGAAGAGAGGGAGGAGCGCGCCACAGCACCACCCACGCACCAGGUGCCGAAGGUGAACCCUUGGUCUCUGGACUAUUCCAGGUUCGAGCGGGCUGUAGCCGAGUUGGAUGACUUGCCUCCGGCAGUCCAAAGCGCAGAGAUCGCUCACAGACUGGCGGGGGUAGUGGAGAAUGUGAAGAAGUUGCAGUGCCGGCCGGGAGGCAGAGCUGCAACAUUUUCGGACCGCUUUGAUGCAGAAUCUCUCCUGUGCAGCUCACGUCCGUAAUUCUAUCCCCGAAGCAGGUGCCAGCGAAAGCCGAUCUUCCAAUACAUGCGCUGGACUGGACUCUUUAGAUUAACUGUCAACGCAAAAAAGCUCGCAAGCAUUGUUCCAAGAGCCGUGUGCGAUUGCGUGUCGCGCCUUCAGCAUGCAGAGCCUGUUGUGAAGGGGGGGUAUACAUGGCUGCGCGCCUGCAGCCGAUGAGUGCCUGCUGGCAAGCAGCUUGACCCUGGCAUCUUUUUGUGCGCAC